AUGAAGCAAAAAUUCAAGCACCCUUUACUAAAGCAAGGCAAUAGUGGCUAUCAGAAUAAUCAAACUUUUCAUUUUAUAAUACUGACUGAAUUUGAACCAUUGCAGCAUGGUGAUGCUGCUUUGCUAAAAAAGUGUUUGCAUGUUUUGGGCAAAAAUAAGUUGACAAA